GAAUUUGCUGUCAAGCAUGAUUGCCAAGGUUAUCGUCGCUUCUGUGGCCGUAGCGGCCGCCCACGCUACCGAACUUGGCCUGGGCUACACUAGCCAAGGUCUUAACUCUUACGGACAUGAAUACGCCGCUCAUGCUGCCCCUCUAGCUUAUGCCCAUGCCGCUCCUCUGAACUACGCUGCCGCCGCCCCCAUUGUAACUAAGGCCGACAUUGCGUACCCGCCUCAGCCAUACCGCUUCGGCUAUGAAUCCGUCGAUGAGUACGGCACCAAGCAAUCUCGCCACGAGGUUUCCGAUGCCCACAACAACAAGAAGGGAUCUUACUCGUUCACUGAUGUUCACGGCAUCUCGCGUCAUGUUGAGUAUGUUGCCGACAAGCUCGGUUUCCGUGCCAGCAUCAAGACCAACGAGCCCGGAACCGCUCCUUCGGCUCCUGCUGCCGCCCACUACAAUGCUGCUCCCUUGGACGUAAAGACCUCGGCGGCUGCUCCUAUCACGGCCUAUGCUCAUGCCCCCGCCUAUGGACAUUACUAAAUGUUACUGUACAAUUUUUUGUCGAUGCACCUUGAGGUUCUUUGAUUUUUAAUACCUGACUUGGGGCGCAACCAACAGGCGUAUUCACUCCUUCAUUCUUUGAUAUUCUGAUCUCCUCCACGUAGCUGGCUUUAUCAUAUCUCGUAGCUUCAUAUUUUCUGUAUAUUUAUACCCUACAAUUGUUGUUAUAAUAUGCAUCUAUACAUGGUUCUAGAAAUAAAGAUAAAACUCUCGAUAUACA